GCUAUAUGUGUGUAGCAUGGAAGGGGUUCCUUGGGAGAGAGACUGCUCAUGCACUUCGCUCUCCCCAUUGUGGCAGAGGCAGAUGAACCUUGCAGAUGUGACUAUCUACUUCUCCCAAGAGGAGUGGGGGCUCCUUGAUGAAACUCAGAAAUGCCUGUACCAUGAGGUGAUGCUGGAGAACUUUGCACUUAUAGCCUCUCUGGGACACACAUCUUCCAUGUCCCAUGUAUUUGCCCCACUGGAGCUGGGCACUGAGCCCGGGGGACCUGACUGGGUAGACAUGACUCCAACCACAGCAAGAGAGACUCAGAGGGAUUGUGGCCCGGGUUGUUGGUGUGGAAUGGAGGAUGAAGAGGCACCUUCUAAGCAAAGUGUUUCUGUAGAAGGACUGUCUACCCAAAAGGCUCACUCCUAUGAAAUAUGGGGCCUGGGCUUGAAAGAUGUGCGCUUGGCUGAGCAUCAGGAAACACACCCCAGGGAGAAACCAGACAGGUGUGGGGCACAUGAAAAGCAAUUCUUGUUCAGUGCAAACCUUCACCAGCACCAGAAGGAGCAAAGUGGAGAGAAAGCCGUCAGCAGUGACGAGGGCAGGGUUUUGUUUAUGAAGAACUGCCAUCUUCACCCUUCAGAGAUGCCCUUUAUAUGGGGGGAGGGAUCUAAGGAUUUUCGAGCCAGCUCGAGCAUUUUCCAGCACCAGGCCCUUCACAGUGCGUGGAAGCCACACAGUAACACCAAGUGUGAGGAGGCUUUUCACAGUGGACAAAAGCAUUACAGGUGCAGCGAAUGUGGGAAAACCUUCAACCGCAAAGACUCACUUGUUCAGCACCAGAGAGUCCACACUGGUGAAAGACCUUUUGAGUGCAGUGAAUGUGGGAAAACCUUCAGCCGCAAACCCAUACUUGUUCAGCACCAGAGAAUCCACACUGGAGAAAUGCCUUAUGAAUGCAGCAUAUGUGGGAAAGUUUUUAAUCAUAACUCCAACCUUAUUGUACACCAGAGAGUACACACUGGAGCAAGGCCUUAUAAGUGCAGUAAAUGUGGAAAAGCCUACAGUCACAAAUCCACACUUGUACAGCACGAGAGUGUCCACACUGGAGAAAGGCCUUAUGAGUGCAGUGAAUGUGGGAAAUACUUUGGUCACAAAUACAGACUCAUUAAACACUGGAGUGUACACACUGGGGCAAGGCCUUAUGAGUGUAUUGCAUGUGGGAAGUUCUUUAGCCAAAGCUCUGACCUUAUCGCCCACCAACGAGUUCACAAUGGUGAAAGGCCUUAUGUGUGCAGUGAAUGUGGAAAAGCCUUUAGCCACAAACAUGUACUUAUUCAGCACCAUAGAAUUCAUACUGGUGAAAGACCUUACAAUUGCAGUGAAUGUGGGAAAGCCUUCAGGCAAAGGCCUUCCCUCAUCCGGCACUGGAAAGUUCACACUGGGGCAGGGCCUUAGGUGUGCAGGGCAUGUGCUAUCUUUUUGUUCAUUAUAAUGACUGACACAGGAGUCUUUGGGAGGGAGCCAGAAAUCAGACUGUACAUGUGAACACGCACCUGGAGAAUUCUUCUGAUUGACAGGUGGAUGGAAAAUUUCCUAGAGCUACAUUGCACUUUAUAACCUACCCAGGGUCCUUGCCAGAGUUACAUUACUGCUGGUGAUUGGGACAGAAGCCAUCUACUUUUGGUAGGACCCCAUAUUGUACAUAUGUCACUCCAUCAUCCUCUAAACGGCAGACCUCUUGUGCUCUCUCUCUUCCCUAGAGAGAAUCAUGAGUAGCCUGAGCCUAUCCUUAAGGGCUCUCACUCCCUCUCUUGCUCCAUGACUGGUUUAAUCAUGGACAUGACCCACCUUUGGCCAAGAGAAUGCCCACUUUGUUCUGCUGGUGGCUUGCAGAGGUUUCCUUUCAUGGACAUUGUUGGUCCCAUAUGACACUUGUGGUGUAUUUGUCCAGCCUUCAGGUCUUUGAACUUAGGAAUUGCCUGCCUCAUAUUGUUUUGGUUUGGCAACAGAUGCCUUAAGUUUUUAGCUACCUUUAGUCUUGGGGAUUAAUCACUUUUAAUUUUGAGGGUUGAGAAGAGAAUUCGGCUCUACCAGCUUGAAGGGAUGAACAGCUUUUGUGGAGGCCUCAACUUUGUAUGCUUCAGAGGUGAUGGCAGAGAGAAGCACUCACUCCAGUUUUGGCCUCAUGUAUCACUGCCAAAGGCUCUUAGGAAAGAAUACCAAUCCUUUUGGGCCUAAUCUGGUGGGCUGAGGUCACCUGAGCAGUGGGCAUUAGUUGUGGUAACCUAUGUUGUGUCUGGGAGCAGUAUGAAUUGGGUCCAUUAUUACCAAGGGAUGUUGCAUAUUUCCCAGCCCUCUUGACUACCAAUAAGCCAGGUGCUCUAAAGGCAGAUGUCACUGACUGUCCCAUAAAAGGACCAGGUGGGACUCCGACACUGUGACUGAGGGAGUCAGGAGACUGCAGCAACCUGUAGAUGUGUCCCUUCUAAAGGUGCAUCCACCAGUGUUACUAUAACUGCUUCACUGCAUGACAGUUUACAGCCAAGGUCACUCGCAGAGCAAUCAAUUUCAAAGUUUUCUGGAUUCCUGUGGGCUCCAUGGACUGUUCAUUAAUGGCAAUCACUGCAAAAGUAGGGACCCAAGAACUGAGAGAAGAGAGAUCCAGUAGUCCAAGGCCAUGGGCUUUUAGAACCAGCCAGAGAUCCCGAUGACUCUGGUGGAAACAACCUUUAAUAAUCACCAACUUUUGCUGCCCUUGAGGAAGGACUGCCCUUCCCAAGGAAUGAGAAAGAUCAUGGAGUCAAUGUAGGGUUGCCAAAUUUUCUGGUUUUACAGGAGGUCUGGGAGAUCUAGAAUUUUCUGCAGAAUCAUUUAAAAAAGUUUUAUUCAGGUAUAAUUCCAUUGUAAUCUGCACAUAUUUAAAUUGUACAAUUUGAUAAGUUUUGAAAUAUGCAUAGGCCUGUGGAACCAUUACUAUAAUCAUAACUAACAUACAUGUCCAUCACCCACAGAGAUACCCACCCCCCUUAUAUUCCUAUUCUUCCUUCCCUCCCUGGCUCCCCAUCUUCAGGAAUCCAUUGAUUUAUCUUCUUACUUUAGAUUUGAUUUUGUAAAGCUUUAUAUAAAUGGAUGAUAAAAUGUUUAUUUUGUCUGGGUUCGUUCACAUGGCUUAGUCAUUUUGAGAUUCAUCUAUGUUGCAUUUAUGAAUAGUUCAUUCUUUUGAGUGCUGAGUAGUCUGUACAGGUACAUAAUAAUUUAUCUUUUAAUUGACAUUUGGGUUGUUUUCAGUUUGGGGCUAUUUAAAAAAAUAAAGCUGCCUCAAACAUGAAUAUCCAAAUCUUUUUGUGGAUAUAUAUUUGUGGGAGCCCCUGGCCCCCAAGUGUUUUGAAAACUGCACACAGUAGUUUGCUUGACCCAGGACAGCUAAGUUUUGACCUAUUCUGCUUGUAAUAUCAGAUGCUAACUGAACUCUAUACCUGAAACUACCUCCUCCCUGAGACUCCCUGAGCUACUGUUAUCUCUAUAAUCCUCCCCUCCUCUCCAUUACAAUC